AGUCAUUCGUCGUCAUUUAUAAGAGUAUUAGACAGUGAUUUGAUAUUGUUUUAGGUUGAAAAAGAAAAUUUAUUUUGAAAUUCGAAUUUAUAUUUUUUGUCUGUCGUAACAAAAAAAAUAAACAUUUUUUCGUAAUGUCGAUUAAUACUGCUCAUGCAAAUAACGGUGUGUUAAUUCAUGCUGGAGAAGCAAUUUUGAUAUUCAGCGAAAAUGUAACGAUUGAAUUUUCUGGCCAAGAUGGUCCAUUGUUCAAAGGCACCAAACAUGGUAGCAUCUAUUUGACCACACAUCGUUUGAUAUUCAAUGCUAAGAAACUUGAAGAUGCCAUGAAAUCGUUCAGUUUUCCAUUUAUCUGUUUGAAUGAUGUUGAAGUCGAACAGCCAUUGUUCGGCGCAAAUUAUAUUCGUGGAAAAGUUCGAGCACAACCGGAUGGAAAUUUCAUUGGCGAAGCAAAAUUUAAAUUGAUUUUUAAAUCAGGCGGCUGCAUUGAAUUCGCUCAAGCAGCACUAAGAGCCGCACAUAUGGCACAACAGAAUGCUCAUGGUGCCGAACCACCACCAUAUACACCACCAUCAGGUGAUUGGCACCAAGCACCGCCACCUGCAUACACACCGCAGCCCGGUUUCUAUGGAUGGUUGCCAAAUUCUGUAUUCCCAAAUAAUCCCGAUCCAUCACAAGUUUAUAUGCACGAUAGUCCACCACCCUACCCUGGAAUCGUACCAAACAAUCCACCCCCAAGCUAUGGUGGCUAUCAACAGCCUGGCUACCCAGCACAAGCUGGAUAUCCACAAGUACCACAAGGAGGUAAUGGCUAUCCCCAACCAAAUGCUGGUUAUCCCGGCCAUCCGGCAGCAGGUGGGUAUCCACAGCAAGUACCAAAUGCAGCACCUUAUGGUAACUCAGCACCAAGCUAUCCACAAGGAGGUUGGCAAAAUCCAGGAUAUCAACAACCUAGCUACCAACCCCAAGGACCUCCUAGCUAUCCACCACAAGGACCUCCUAGCUAUCCUCAACAAAAUUCUGGAUAUCCUCAGCAAAAUGCAGGGUAUCCUCAGCAAAAUUCUGGUUAUCCAUCAGGAGGAGCCUCUGCUGGUGGUUAUGCACCACCACCAAAUUCAAAAGAAGAAGAAGCAGCACAAUCUUCAUAUAAUCCCGUUCAACCAAAUGGUCCCUAUGCUCCACCACCAGGUUAUAAUGAUCCACCACCAAGCUACAAUUCAUUAAGCGACAGAGAACGAAAGAAUCAAUAAACAUCUAAACAUAAUACAAUAGCAUCGAAUAAUAAACAUUUUAUAUACAUUUUCUAUGCAAAUAUAUUGAUAGUAUUAUUGGCCGCCAUUUAAUCAAUUAUUGAUAUAAUUCGUGGCUAAAGUGUCAACAGACAUACACAUAGGAGAAAAGCCUCUAAAAUUUUACUAAUCAAUCUAAACACUGUAGUCGUUUAAAUAUUAUUUUUUUCACAUUUAUUAUAUACCAAUGUGGAUAUUUUAAUUAUGAAUUGCAGUGCAUGAAUAAAUUAUCUGUAUAUUUUCAAACAUUUUUAACCAAA